UUUUAAUAUAUAUAAAUUUAUUAAAAAAUGAGUCAUACAGAACAUGCAGAACAGGCAUUCAAUGAUUUUAUAUCAAAUAUAAAUAAACACAGAUACCCAGAACUAUAUAAUUAUUUAGAAUGCCCAACCGAUGCAUCACCCAGCACAAUAAAAGAACAAUAUAGAAAAUUAUCAUUGGUUUGUCAUCCAGAUAGAGGUGGCUCAAAUGAAAAAAUGAUUCAAAUUAAUGAAGCAUAUAUUAUUUUAUCAGAUAUAGAAAAAAGAAAAUUAUAUGAUAUAUUUGGUUCAUCCUCCCUUACCAAUUGGUUUUCAUUUUAUUCCAGAAUAUCAUCCACACUUAAAGAGUUUUUACCAUCAUUUUUAAAUUCAUCAAUCAGUUAUUUUUUAGAUUUAAAGAAUUUGGCAAUCAAAUAUUCAACUGAUAGUGAUGAUGAUUUUAAAAAAUUAAGUUUUUUAUUAAUACUUGGGUUUCCAUUAUCACAUCACAUUGUUGAAAGUACUAUUUCAAAAUUUUUAAAUAGGGUAGAGGAUAAUAAAGAACAAUCUGGGGGCGAAACAUUUUUUAAGAAUUUUAUAUCAGAAAUUUUAGCCACAGUUGUUGCAUCUCCAUUUGAAAUAAUAGCAUAUUUAAAGUUUACAAAAAGAGUAAGUCUUGGAGAUAAUAGUCAACCUCUAUAUAAAAGUUAUUUUUCAGCAUUAAAAAAUUGGAAAUUGGUUUUAGUUCUUAUUGGUUUUAGAAUCAGUUCAAAUAUUUUGUUUUCUUUUCUUUCAAACUAUUCAAUUUAUUUUGAUGAAAAAUCAAGGCAACAUUACUAUCACUUUGAAGACAGGGUCAGCAGAAAAACUUUUAAUAUUCACAACGAACUAAAUGAAAAAUUAUUAGAAUUAAAUAGAAUUAGUCAAGUAGAGGAAGAAGAGUCUGAAAGUGAAAGCGAAAGUGAAGACGAAAGCCAAAGAGAAAAUCAAAGAGAAAUGGAAAUUCAAAGAAUUACUCAAGAGGUUCAAAAAGGGUAUGAUGAAGAAAGUAUGAAAAUUAAUAGAGAUUAUCUCAAUUGCCGUACUAUAUCAAAAUUAUUAGGAAUUGCUGCCAAUAUUCUCCCAUCAUUGAUUUCAGUUCAUAGAUUAUUCUAUAAAGUUGAAAACCCUUCUAUUCCCUAUUUCUCUCUAUCAUUACUCAAAGCUGCUUCAAUCGAUUCCAUCUCACAUUUUCUUUUCAAAUAUUCUUUGGAAACUAUUCAAAAUAUUUCAAUUUCAGCACAAUAUUCAAUUUUUAAUGCUUUUGAAUAUAUUCGUAAUAUAACAAGUAAUAAUAAUAAUAAUAAUAGUAAUAACACAAAUUAAAUAAAAUUUUUUGGUCAUACAAAACAUAGAAUGGUACCUUGCAUAAUAAUAUAAAGUCCCAAGAUAUUUUUUUUUUUCUUCCAAAAUCAAAAAUAAAUAUCACCCUC